ACUCCUUACACAACCAAAAAUCGAUGAAUCUGAGUCGCAACAAAAGUCUAAGAACAUUUCAGUUAUUUUGGGGAAGUCUAUCUCUGGUACAAAGCGCAGUUCAGAUCCUACUCUUCAAGCAAUCGAGGCGGCGACACGAGUGCUAAAAGAGCACUAUUCAUUACUUCAUUGGGUUCAUGUCUGUGGUAAUAUGACUUAUGCUCGAUUCGUGAACCAUGCAUGUGAUCACUCGAUUAUCAGAGCCCUCGGUUUAUCACUGCUUUCAGAUUGCUCGUUAUUCGCUGGAGACGAUGCGUCAUUUUCGAAUAUCAACCUUUGGACUAUUAAGCAUAUUGAAGCUUGUCUUUUCUCUUUUAAAAAAUACACAAGCCUUGCUCCUGAUCUAGUGCCUUUAAAUGCGUCAAGUACUCGGAGAUCUAUUGUGGAACGUCUAGCUAAUAAAACGUGCACGCAAUACGAUCCUUUAAUAUUGCUGGUGGCUGCACUUAGAUCUCUUGGAUUUGAUGUGCGUCUCUUAGUUAGCUUUUCUCCACUUCAUCUCAGACCAUCAAAUAGGAAAGUCCAACAACUCGCAAACCUUAUCAAAAAAUCACUGAAGCUUCCAGCAGAAGAUAAGCAAGAUGUUAAAAAAGCCCAUGAAACUAAAGUAAUUUCUUCUGAAAGCGAAACAGAUUCAGAAAUAGCCCUAAAUAAGCCAUGCCUAGACCUCUUUAUAGAAGUUUUUCUGCCGUCGGAUAAUCGGUGGAUAUGUCCAACCCUCAAUCCUCAUGUGGAUGCCAAGGAUAAACCUGAUCUGAAUAAUCGUUUGUAUGUCAUUGGAUUAUCCUCCACCAAACCUAUCUGUAUUCCUGGAAAAGAUGUUAUAAUUCUACCUCAAUAUGUUGGCAGAUCGCCAAUCGAUCUAGCUUCUCGUUAUGAUGAAAAUUGGUGCGUGCUUUCUCGUCGCAUUCGUAUGCCUAAUGAUCAAUGGACUAAGAUAAUCGAGUUCUUCAGACGAAAAUUCAACCUUGACGCAGCUGGUAAUCAUGCCAUAGUGGAACCAACUAAGGAUAAUGUCCUUCUUAUGAGAGACCUUCAGGACGCUCAAGAGAUCCGUGUUAAAUUAUUGAGUCAACCUUUUCCAAAGCGAGUUCAGGAUUACAAAAAUCAUCCUUUAUAUGCUUUAAAGAGGCAUCUUCUAAAAUUUGAAAUUAUCUUUCCUCCAGAUGUCAAUCCUCUUGGUUAUGUCGGCAAAGAGGCCAUCUACUCCAGGGAUUGCCUCUAUCUGUGUCAUACAAGAGAAUCCUGGUUGAAGGAAGCCCGGAUCAUUCGCCUUGGAGAGAAGCCCGCAAAAGUAGUACGUGCUCGACUUUCAAUGAAAAGGAAGCUACUACAAGAUUCUGAUGAACCGCCUACAGUCGACGUAUACGGACAGUGGCAAACAGAACCCUAUGUUCCGCCUGUUGCUCUUAAUGGAAAAGUACCCCGCAAUGAGUACGGGAAUGUGGAACUUUUCAAGCCCUGUAUGCUACCUAUUGGCUGCGUCCACAUUCGUCUCUCUGGUUAG